CCGUGGGAAGGGAAAAUCGAUACGGGUGUGACUGAAAGCUGCUGCAUGGCUGUUGUGAAGAAAUACUAGCCAGUCGUUGGUGGGGAAAGGGGCUAACGCAAUAGCGUCGUGUUUAUCGUCUAGUUUUUAAUAUUCUUUUUUUAAAAUGGGAAACUGCCACACCGUUGGACCUAACGAAGCCCUGGUGGUUUCAGGUGGCUGCUGUGGCUCGGAUCAAAAGACGUAUGUUGUCGGAGGCUGGGCUUGGGCAUGGUGGCUCAUCUCUGACAUCCAGAGAAUGUCUCUGGAGGUUAUGACCAUCCUGUGUCGCUGUGAGAAUAUCGAAACCUCGGAGGGUGUUCCCUUGGAUGUGACUGGGGUGGCCCAGGUAAAGGUGAUGACCGAGAAUGAACUGCUGGGUUACGCCUGCGAGCAGUUUCUAGGGAAGUCAGUCGUAGAGAUCAAGAGCGUCAUCCUGCAAACUCUUGAAGGUCACCUGCGUGCCAUCCUUGGCACCUUGACUGUGGAGCAGAUUUACCAAGACAGGGACAAGUUUGCCACUCUGGUCCGAGAGGUGGCAGCACCUGAUGUCGGCCGCAUGGGCAUUGAGAUCCUCAGCUUUACCAUCAAGGAUGUGUAUGACAAAGUGGAGUAUCUGAGCUCACUUGGCAAAACGCAGACAGCUGCAGUGCAAAGGGAUGCAGACAUCGGCGUGGCAGAGGCAGAGAGAGAUGCUGGAAUCAGGGAAGCCGAGUGUAAGAAAGAAAUGAUGGAUGUUAAGUUCUUAGCAGAUACAAAAAUGGCUGAUUCCAAGCGAGAGCUGGAAAUGCAGAGAGCAGCCUUCAAUCAGGAAGUGAACACGAAGAAAGCAGAAGCUCAGCUUGCUUAUGAGCUGCAAGCAGCCAAAGAGCAGCAGAAGAUCCGUCUGGAAGAAAUUGAAAUCGAAGUGGUCCAGAGGAAGAAGCAGAUCAAGAUUGAGGAGAAGGAGAUUGACCGCACUGACAAGGAGCUCAUUGCCACUGUGAAAAGGCCUGCUGAGGCAGAAGCCUACAGGAUGCAGCAGCUGGCUGAGGGACAGAAGAUGAAGACGGUCCUUACAGCCCAGGCUGAGGCAGAGAAGAUCCGCUUCAUCGGCGAAGCAGAGGCUGCCUCCAUCGAAGCUGUGGGCAAGGCUGAGGCUGAGAAAAUGAGGCUGAAGGCUGAAGCUUACCAGCAAUACGGCGCUGCUGCCAAGACAGCCUUGGUCCUGGAGGCUCUGCCCAUAAUUGCCAGCAAGGUGGCUGCACCGUUGGCCAAGACCAAUGAGAUUGUUAUCCUGAGUGGUGAAAGCAGCCGUGUUACAGGAGAGUUGAACCGUCUGUUAGCUGAACUCCCAGUUUCUGUCAACGCCCUCACCGGAGUAGAUCUGACCAAGAUUCCUCUGCUGCAGAAGAUGACCAGCCAAGCCGCCGUCUAAUGAAUCUGAAACCUUCACCAUAAACAAUAUCUGCCUCAAGCAUGACAACACUUUCUGACCUACUUAUGCAACUGCCACAAACACCAAACUAGUCUAGUUGUAUUUUUGUUUUUUCCCCCUUCUUAAGACAAAAAUCUCCAGAUUAGUCAAUCAGGAUUUUAUGCUGCAGUCCCGUUCAAUUCAACAUCCUGUGUGUGUGUGCGCGCGCGUGCGUCUGUGUGUGCGUGUGUAUUUUCUAUUGUGUUUUAGAAAGAGAACACACCGAUUGUGCUGGCAAAAAUCCCCCCCAAAAUCUUAAAUGUUGUCUCAUCUCCAAAGCUGUUUUAGUGCCGCAGCACUUCUGUCAGGUUGCGAUGCUAUUUCAUUCAAAGUGUGCCAGCCCCACCUCGUGGUUACACCACUUUUCUGAUCGUUGUUAGCUUUUUCCUCGCCUCGCUUGUCCUCCUCCUCCUCUUCUUGGUCUGUGCUGUGCCUGUCAAAUCACCACUCAAGUGCCCUAACCUUUUAGGACGGUGGUUUGGCCUCAAAUGUGGUUCAGCUGCCUUUACUAACACACUACUUGUGUUUUAGGAAGGAUGGCCUUAAGUGACCGAGGACAUGUACUGAGUACCAGCAGGUCACCCAUCACUAGUACCUCAUGUAGCAUGUUGUAGACGCUCAGGGCCAUUCACUCUUCGCUUCUUUUUACCUUCUCGCACUAAAAAUGACCGUUUUUUUAGAAUGUUUACACAGUACUGCAGUCCUGUGUUUUGUUGUAUUUACAGUAAUGCUAGUAACUAACAGUCGCAUGUACACAGCAGAUUAACGUGACAAGCAUCAACCUUUUUUUUUACUCUAACAUGUAAAUUGCUGGUAAAUGCAAACAUUUGAUAAAGAAGUAGAGACAUGAGCAGUCUAUUCGUACAGUAGGAAGGGGAUUCAUAUGGCCUCGUUAAUCGUGUUUCACCUGACACAUGAAACGUGAUGACUUGGGGAGGGUUGCACUAUUCACUUUAGCCGACAGAUGACAGAGUGUUGAAUACCUUUAAAUGUGUUUUGUGGCACGUCCAACUUUGACCACCAAUGUGAGUUGCUUUGUAGAGUGGCGCUUUCCAUUGUUUUCCGAUGACUGCUUUGCAAAAUGACUAAGCCCCAUCUUCCUCUCACAGGGGAUCCAUCCAGGAAUGAGGCCAUAUGAAGCCCCCCCUACUGUACCAUGUCUACAUGUAUGUGCGCAGGUGUGAAUUCUGUCAAGUCUGUGUUUCCCAACCUAUUGAGCCGAGGCACAUAUUUUACAUUGGACACAUCUCACUUCAUACAGGAUGAUGAAGCUUCUGCCAUAUAUUUAAUAGUGCUGUCAAAUGAUGACAUUUUUUAAUCAGAUGAAUCACACUUUUGGAUUUCAAUUUAUUGUGAUUAAUCACAGGUUACAUAAUAUAAAUUAACUUGAAUAAAGAGCCCAAUAUUUGGACACAUUCAAUUUUACAGUCAGAAUGUCAUCCAGGAACAUUGUUCAAAUGUGUUACUGUAAUGCACGCCAUUUAUUUGUCCAGAAUGUGCUAACACUUUUAUCUUAAGUCCAGUCUGGGUUUAUUUUUGCAGUGAGCACAACAUCUUGGCACUGACAAAUGCAUCGACCUUAUUACAACUACUUGUGAGAUAAAUUGUGUGAUUAAUCUGCUUGAUUAACGCGAUUAUUUGUUUGUGACUAAUCACGUGUUAACUUGUUAUUUUAUGACAGCCGUGGUAUUUAAUUUUCUGCCUGUGACCUGUGAACAGAUACUGCGUGUUGUAGUGAAUAUGUACCGUAUUUUUCGGAGUAUAAGUCGCACCCGCCGAAAAUGCGUAAUAAAGAAGGAAAAAUAUAUAUAUAAGUCGCAUUUUUUGGGGACAUUUAUUUGAUAAAACCCAACACCAAGAAUAGACAUUUGAAAGAAAAUUUAAAAUAAAUAAAGAAUAGUGAACAACAGGCUGAAUAAGUGUACGUUUUAUGAGGCAUAAAUAACCAACUGAGAAGGUGCCUGGUAUGUUAACGUAACAUAUUAUGGUAAGAGUCAUUCAAAUAACUAUAGCAUAUAGAACAUGCUAUACGUUUACCAAACAAUCUGUCACUCCUAUUCGCUAAAUCCCAUGAAAUCUUAUACGUCUAGUCUCUUACGUGAAUGAGCUAAAUAAUAUUAUUUGAUAUUUUACGGUAAUGUGUUAAUAAUUUCACACAUAAGUCGCUCCUGAGUAUAAGUCGCACCCCCGGCCAAAUUAUGAAAAAAACUGCGAUUUAUAGUCCAAAAAAUACGGUAAUCAUUUUUAGACCAAUUGAGUGUAUUUAAUAGUGCUGUCAAAUGAUUGCCUGUUUUAAUCAGAGUAAUCACACUUUUGAAUUUAUGAAUUUACGUUAUGCUCGUACAUAAUUUAAACUAACUUUAAAAAGACCCCAACAUUUGGACAUGAAUGCAGUUUUACUGUCAGGAUGUCAUUAAAUGCACUUCUGCACAUGUGAUUAAUCCGUGUGUAUACAUGAUUAUUGUAAUGUUUUUUUGUGAUUAUUAACAUGAGUUAACUCGUUAUUUUUGACAGCCCUAAUGUUUAAUUUUGCUGCCUGUGAACUUUGAACAAAUACUGCGUCUUAGAUGUAGUUAAUAAAUUAGACUUUUUGGACCAAUUAGGUGUAUUUAAAUGUGCUGUCAAAUGAUGAAUUAUUUUAAUCAUAAUAAUUACACUUUUGAAUUUAGUUUAUGGUAAUUAAUCACAGGUUAUUACGUGCUUUAUGAUUUAAACUAACUUUAAAAAGACCCCAACAUUUGGACAUAAAUGCACUUUUACUGUCAGGAUGUCGUUAAAUGCACUUCUACACAUGUAUUUUAUCUUCGUAUAUAAAUGAUUAUUGUAAUAACAUUAUGUGAUUAAUCACAUUGACUUAACUCAUUAUUUUUGACAGCCCUAAUUUUCAAUCAUUCUGUAAAUCAAUACUGUGUAUUAUUUUUAGUAAAUAAAUAAUCAUUUUAGAACCUAUUAAGUGAAAUUUGAUUAAAAAAAAAUGUAUGUGCCUCGGCGCAGUAGUUGGGAAUCACUCACAUUUCACCCUUUCUGCUUCUCUGUGACUGACUUAGUCGGUUUGUGUGAAAUCUAUAGAAGACAAAAGGUUUCUAGCUUACAAAUAUUUAGUUUGUAGAGGAAACAAUUUGUUUUGUACACAGUGCCUUUGUCAAAAAAAAAAAAAAAAGUCAUUUUAUUGUUACUAUUAUUAUCCUACUCAUCUUCUUGCUCAGCUGUUCAUUGUAACGUAUAGACAAUGUAAACAUGCUAAUCUGCAUCAUUUCCUUUUGUACUUGUUCAGCGUCAUACAUUUGAUAACAUCACACAUGGGAACACAUCAAUUACGUACGUCGCUGCAAGAAUUUAGAGUUAACCGUUGCUAUUUUUGUCAUAUUCGCAGCAGCUAUAUUUAGUCAUUGUUUUGGCCAGUAUAUUUUUGUGCCAAAAAUUGCUUUGUGUUACUCCAAGUAAACAUUUUGGAUGAAGACCAAACUUAGACCUAUGCCUUAACCCUCAUUUGAAAACAUCCAAAUCAUUCGUAUGUUGUGACAAACAAAACAAAAAAAAGUAUCGUACUAAAAUUGUGGAUUUCUAGUUAUGCGUCCUAUGUAACACUGACCUUUUGAAAAGUAGAUCCAGCAUGGCGUUUGAUGCAUGUGUUCAUGUUAUUCUGUGUUGUGCGCCAUCCUCUAAUAAAAUAUAUACUGUACACAAACAUCAAUCAA